AUGGCGCGCCUUGCGGUCGCGCUGCAGUCGCCUGGCGCUCUGCCGCAGCUGCAGAAGCUGGACCUGCGCUGGAACCAGCUGGGGCACGAGGGCGCGGCGCGCCUGGCGGAGGCGCUGCGGACGCCAGGGGCUCUUCCGCAGCUUCAGAAGCUCGACCUGGGCGGGAACCAGGUGGGGGACGUUGGCGCGGCGCGCCUGGCGGAGGCGCUGCGGACGCCGGGCGCCUUGCCGCAGCUUCAGCAGCUCCGCCUAGGUUUCAACCAGGUGGGUGACGAGGGUGUGGCGCGCCUGGCGGAGGCGCUGCGGACGCCUGGCGCUCUGCCGCGGCUGAAAGAGCUCGAUCUGGGCCAGAACCGGCUUGGCGACGAGGGCGCGGCGCACCUGGCGAGGGCGCUGCGGACGUUGGGCGCUCUGCGCCGGCUGCAGAAGCUCGACCUGCGCUGGAACGAGCUCGGCGACGAGGGCGCGGCGCGCCUGGCGGAGGCGCUGCAAACGCCGGGCGCGGCGCCCCGGCUGCAAGUGCUCAGCUUGUACGGCGACCGCAGGAUCUGA